UGGUGAACUAGAUCUUGGAUGUUCGAGUCAGUGUUUGGAUUAUCUGUAAAAUGCUUAGAUUGGAUUCGACUCCGCUUGGUAACAACUCGGUUCGAUUUCAACAAAUUCGGAUACCUGGAGAUGGAAGGUGUUUGUUCCGGUCCGUAGUUCAUGGAGCUUGCCUCAGAUCAGGGAAACCAUCCCCAACCGAGAGUCUCGAGAAAGAACUUGCAGAUGAGCUUAGAGCUAAAGUAGCGGAUGAAUUUAUUAAGAGACGCAAGGACACUGAAUGGUUUCUUGAAGACGACUUCGACACGUAUGUUGGACGGAUGAGACAGCCCCAUGUUUGGGGAGGGGAGCCUGAGCUGCUCAUGUCCUCGCAUGUAUUACGGAUGCCAAUCUCAGUUUACAUGCGAGGCGGAAAUUCUGGUAGCCUGAAGAUCAUAGCUGAAUAUGGUCAAGAGUAUGGCAAAGAAAAUCCCAUAUGUGUUCUGUAUCAUGGUUAUGGGCACUAUGAUGCAUUGCAGAGUCAGACUAACAAUGGACAAUCCAAGCAGAGCAAAACAAGAUGAAGAAAAUUGUUUCAUUGUCUAACAAUGUUAAUAUAAUCCUCUUCUGAUGUAUCAAUAUCUGAUUAUUCCUUUUUUUUCUUCUAAUGAUUUCAUUUCACUACACAACUACUUGUACAAAUUCAGAUCAUCAAUACCAAUAUAUAUAAAGAAAAAACUGGAUCAGUUUGGUUUUCUUCUAUUUGAAUUGAAUUUGUAAUAAUGUAACUUUUAAACUCGUACUGUUCAUUUUAUUUCUAUUUCCAAACCGAGUUGAACAACUGAAU